GCGCGAGUGCGUCUAGUACCGCAGCGAGUGUGCGACGUGUGUGUGUGAGUGUGCGCGUAACAUUGUGACGGCUAUGUUGACAUUUAAUUUAUCGUCAGGACCGCUACGAAUAUACGUGUUACUAGGAUUCGUGGAAUAAUGCUGGCCGGCUCCACGUGAAAACGGUGCGAGACAUCUUCGCCGCGCGACUGCUGCAUCCUCCCCUGCGAGGUUCGCGAGCAUUUCACUGACGCGUGAACAUGCGAGCUUUGUACGCGACAGGGCUUUGGCUUGGUGUACGACGCGCCAUAUUGGUUUGAGAGUAUCGUCCUAGUCUGUUGGUUUCGUGCGUAGCGUAUCGCUUUUACGCGAUUGCGAAUGAACCCAGUGUGACACACGCUUCAACGAUGGAAGAAACCAAGAUUAUCUAUCACAUGGACGACGAGGAAACGCCGUAUCUGGUGAAGCUCAACAUAUCGCCGGAGAGAGUGACUCUGGCUGAUUUCAAGAACGUUUUAAAUCGACCAAAUUACAAGUAUUUCUUCAAGUCGAUGGACGAUGAUUUCGGUGUGGUAAAGGAAGAAAUUAUAGACGACGAUGCUCACCUGCCGUGUUUCAACGGUCGAGUUGUAUCAUGGUUGGUGUCAGCUGAAGGUAGUAAUGUCUCGGAUGGUGCGUCCCAAUGUACAGACUCUAUGGCGCAUAGCGAAGCUAAGCACGACCGUGUGGAUCAUGUAACUCCUGGACAUGGUAACAGAGGUACUGCGCCGCUUUCACACGAUGAUACACUGACAGAGACAGAGAGUAUUAUAAGCAGUCGACAAGGGCAUCAUUUGCACAAAAGUUCGAGGCAUCAUUCGGAAAAAUAUGAAAAAUAUAACAAAUACAACGGACUUCGCAUAAAUGGCCAUUCCAAGCAUCGCUCGGGUCACGGAUAUGAAACUGCUUCCAUUCUAAGCUCGGACUUGGAAACGACAACGUUUUUGGAAUCCGACGACGACGCGAGUAGUCGUAUCACAUCGACGACAGGCCGGCACACCAAUAUGAGCAGCACAGUCGAUAGGGGUACUUUGGAUCGACGUCGACCGCAGAGAAGACGACGACACAGAUUACCACCCAUGUCCCGAACAUCGUCAUUUAGCAGCAUCACCGACAGUACAAUGUCUUUGAAUAUUAUAACUGUUUCGCUGAACAUGGACACUGUUAAUUUCCUCGGUAUUAGUAUCGUCGGUCAAAGUAACAAAGGUGGAGAUGGGGGAAUAUAUGUCGGCUCAAUAAUGAAAGGGGGAGCGGUUGCUUUGGAUGGUCGUAUAGAACCUGGUGACAUGAUUCUUCAAGUCAAUGACAUUAAUUUCGAAAAUAUGUCCAACGACGAAGCGGUGAGAGUAUUGCGUGAAGUAGUACAGAAGCCAGGACCAAUAAAGCUUGUAGUUGCAAAAUGUUGGGAUCCGAAUCCGAAAGGUUACUUUACGAUACCUCGUACAGAACCGGUACGUCCCAUAGAUCCUGGUGCGUGGGUGGCGCACACAGCCGCCAUACGUGGCGAAGGCUUCCCGCCUCGCCCACCAAGUGCCACAACGUUAACUUCGACAUCGAGCAGUCUUGCGAGUACACUGCCAGAUACCGAACGUCCCUUGGAAGAGCUUCAUCUGACCGUCAAUACCGAUAUGCCGACGGUGGUACGAGCGAUGGCUCGAUCCGACUCUGGAUUAGAGAUACGCGAUCGUAUGUGGCUUAAAAUAACCAUUCCGAAUGCAUUUAUCGGCGCAGAGGUUGUAGAUUGGUUGAACACUCACGUGGAAGGAUUCAUCGAUCGUCGCGAUGCUAGGAAAUACGCGUCGCUCAUGCUGAAAGCUGGCUUCAUUCGACACACAGUGAACAAAAUAACAUUUUCCGAACAAUGCUAUUAUAUAUUCGGUGACCUGUGCUCGGCCAUGAGCAGCAUGAAGUUGGAUUGUGAUACGGUUGGUCCUCUGCCACCGCCGAAUGCUUGGGACAUGCCUUAUUCGGGAACAUACGCACCGCAUUCGGCGACGGGCUACAGUCCUAUGCCGUUCAAUUUUACAAACGAGCCCACCGUCUACGGUUAUCAUCGAGAAGAGAGCGUGCACAGUGGUUCAGGUGGCAGCAGCGCGGGCAGCGAACGCAUUUGCAAGGAGCCCAUUCACGACUUGAAGUCGUGUUCAUCGGCAUCGGAAUCAGAGUUGCAUAAUCCGUCGGUGCCAUCGAUGCCGAGCAAAAAUUCCGGCAAUGGUAACGGAUCGAAUGGGAAAAGAUCCAACGGUAGCCGCAGCCGUUCCAGUGGUUCCGAGCAGUCUGUUCAAACGGGAACAGGGUCAGGAAAUCAGCAGAAUCAGCAAGACUUAUCUGGGCGACAUAUGCACGAGGAGAGUCACACGCAAACUAGCGAUUUGGACAACAAUAGCAGAGACGAAAUCUAUGAAGAAGACAUUUUGGAGUAUCAGUUUCUACAUAAGUGAAGAUCUUUGUUAACAUAUACGUAACAUAACGAUGAUAAUACGACUCGAACGAAUGGUCAAGGUAUAUUUCCAUUGACUUUAUUAGUUGGAUGGAAGUAGCACACGCGAAACAUAUAUUUAUAUAUUUAAUAGGCCAAUUUUGAUAAAAUAUCAUAGAAAGUAAAAAAUUAAGACUCGUAAUUAUGAUUUAUAACGGCUAUACAUAAUAAAAUUAAGACCGUAGAGGUCGUUGUGGUAAUUAAA